GAUGCUAUUCUUUUAAAACAAAAGACAAAAAAUGUACGAUAAAAGAAAAUCUUCUUCUAUCUUCAUCGCAAGCGGCACUCCAUCUUCUAACCGUCACAUUCCACCGCACGCGAAUAACCACACCAGAAUACGCGCGCAUUUCCAAGUACACAACGUAUACUUUUGCGCGCGCUAAACGAAACCAACUCCGAAAAGCAGAAAGGGGGAAACAAGAAGCAGAAGCAAGAGAGGCGCAGUGGAACAGUGUAGGAAAAAUAUGUUAAAAUAUAAAAAUAAAAUCACCCCGGACGGCGUCCGAAUAAUUCAGUCGUUUUCGUCAUUCGCUAGCGUACGGACGCACCGGUACGAGACGCGUCGUUUAGUGCUGGACGUGUUAGAUUCUGCUUUCCAGGGUAUUGCUGCAGUACGGCUACAGUGCAUACAGUGCGGUUCAGUGAACAGAGUAAGCAUUAGAAGUGUGUAGUAACACCGCAUUGGGUGCCUUUUUUUAGCGGGGUGUCACCUACGGCAGUAGCAGUCCUAGUGAUGUGUUGCAAACCGUGGGAAAAUAGUCCCGAAAUAAGCUCAUGGUCCCGCGGGAACUAAUGUGACUCACUUUUGUUUUUUUUUUGCUGUUGUUUCGAUCCAGAAUAGAAGAAAAAUCGGGUGCACAUUUAAAUAACAAUUUUAGCUGGAUUGGAAUAGGCGAACAAGCUCGCUGGCAAACGGUAUUGUGAUUGAAGUAAACGAACUGCGACCGGGACAGGCGUAAUGCCGACGACAGGAACGGGUUCGUCUUCUAUCGCCCGGUGACAUCGUUCGAAUCCGACCACCUAUCGUCUUCGUGCUUGUUUCUUCUGUAGUCUCGGCAAACAACAAAAAAGUAGAUAGAGAGUAAAUUAAAAUCAUAAUUACCACCCAUUCGCCCCACAGCACAGCUCCCGAUGUGCCAAUGUCACUGGAGAUUUCCCAUGCUAGAAGAGCGUCAAGUUGGCAAUCUUGAAAUGUGAUCACUACGGCAUAUAACGGGAACUAGGCAAAGCUCACAUUAUCGUCUUAGGAGAAACAUUCGUAUCUUUUUUCGAGCAGAUUGGGCCAGAGAUUUGAGUAGAAAUCGUACAUCGACCGGGACCGCACAACCGGACCGGGGACCAAAGCAACGCCUGGGGUUGCUCGCCCUAAACAUAGUAAUAUCCGGAAUAGUUUCUAACCGCACGAAACUGACCUUGAUCGUGUACGGACUAAGGGGUCGUGUGCGAAAGUUGUCUGACAGUGCGGAAAACAUAAAGAAGCGGUCGACAUAAAAUAGCACAGGAAAAAAACGGGCAGAUUUUUCUCCACUCAUUUCACUUCACUGAGAAGAUUGCCAAAACAAAAAAGCCCCCCAAAAAAUAACAAUCAGCACACCAUUUUACUAUUCGCCUGCCGAAAGAAAGCAUUCCGUGGACAGUUUUUCACGUGCGAGUAGCAUCUCGAAGCAAGAUUAAUGGGACUGGAACCGAUUGCCCGCACGCAGCAGGGAAGGAAACGUUCCGCACCGAAAGGAAGCAAUUAAAUCCCCUUUUUACAUCGAAUAAGGGUCUCGCGCGAUCACGAAAGUUCGCAACUUUGCGUCGGUUCCAUCGGUUGUGAAAUCGCAGAAAGAACUAAGCGAAAUAACACACGGUGUGCUAGAAACAAUCUAGGAACGCCCCGAAGCGCUCCCAACAUCUCAACCAGGGUGGUUAAACCCGUGAGACAUCUGGGCACAAUAACAAGAUACAAAAAAAUAUUGGUCUAUGUAAGCAGGUGUGCGGCAGUGUAUGGCAGGUGAGGAGGACUGGUUGAUCCCAAUUUUGGCCCGCCUCAUUAUCAUCGUCCAAGAGCAGACGAAUCAGCACAAACGAUAUGACGGAAAUGGAAAGGAAAGUGGCGAUCAUCGUCGGCUAUCAGCUGCGAUUGCUUCUGCUAGCGGUGACUUUCGCCACUGCAAUCCAAAUCGAUAAUCGGCUCGUUCAGCCACAGCAUGAUUGUUUCGAGCGGAUAGCGCUCGGUGCGAUGCUACCGUUUGAGAAAACGUUCCGGAACUCGGACACCAACUCGCUGAAGAUCUGCGAAACGCUCUGCCUCAAUGACAAGGAAUGCCAAACGUUUGCCUUUGGAAUUUCCGGUCGAGGCAAUGGUACGUGUCAGCUGUCGGCGAACACAAUUGACGCAACUAAAUCGCGCCCGGUCGGUACGAUCUUCGAUCCGGACUUUGAUCUUUACGCACGCAAAUACAACUGUUUUUUAGAUGGGCCUACAAACCCACCGCCCAAACCGGGAGGCCUGGGUAUCUUCCCCAAUGGUGAACUUCAGCCCGGUGGAGGCCCACAACGACAACCACCUCCACCACCGCUAGCACAACCAUCUGCUCCACAACCUCCCAGUGGCGGUGCAUUUCCUCCUCCGAGCAUAAUUGAUCGUCCCGGGCCACCCAUUUUCGGGCCUCCGGUGUCUUCUGCAGGGAUUGAAUCACCAACCACUGCAAACGGUGGAUUUGUAGACACAUCAAGACCAACCAGCGAGUAUGGUACUACCGCUCCGGGAACAACUUAUGGUCAAACGAAUGGAGAAACACUACCCGAAACGACGGCUCCAGCUGAAGAGUUCUACAGCACAAAGGAUCACUCAAAUCCGACCGGUGGAAGUCCAUACCUUCCGACAAGUACGGCCGCUGGACCACAGUACAAUUUAGCCACGGGUGAACGAUUACCUCCAACCCAACCCGGUGCAACGAUGCCCGAUCGGGAAGGACCAACGAAGUAUCCGCCCGACUAUCGACCCACCUACGGUGGUAGUGGUCCCGCGAAACCUGGCAACUAUCCGUACCAGUUUCCAAUGUUGUACGAAACGCACUAUCCCUUGCCGAACGAUAAGAAUGGAUUUCCGGAAAUUUAUGCACAAAAUGUACCGACACUCGAUAAUAAUUACCUGCGACCAGAGUACGGUGGUACGAGCUACGGUAGACCUGCUACAUCACCCGGUAGUACACCAUCGGCAGGACCUGCCGGAUCAGGAUAUGGAGGUGUUCAACGGCCUAGCUCGAAUGGUGGUAAUAAUUAUGGUGGUUCUAACAAUUCCGGUGCACAUCGUCCAAGUGGAUACGGUAGCGAUAGUAACCCACAACAGCAACGACCUUCAUCACCAGGAUCAAACGGUUACGGUGGACAACCUGUACGACCAUCCGCACAAGGACCUGGUACCGGUCCGUCCGGAUAUGGAGUCGUUCGUCCAGCACCAGCACCACCAAUCCAAUCGAGCCCUUCGGCAGGUGCAGGAUACAAUGUGCACGAAGAUAAGCUCGAUCUUCAUCCACCAACCAUUACCAAGCGACCUUGCUAUCGUCGUGUGCUGGCUGGAAAGCGUGUCGCUCCACACUGGGUAAGGAGAACACUAAUUUGCGAACGUGUUGAGGACUGUCAGCGCGAAUGCGGCGAUGAAAGACGUUUCUCGUGCGAAGGGUUUAACUAUCGAUUGGAUCCUACCGGUCGUGGACAGGGUGAUUGUGAGCUGAUCGAUCAGCCACUAUCGCAGAUCGAUCUAUACUCGAGUCCACAUCAACGAGAUUCGAAUCUAAUCCGUGAUCCCGACUACGAUUACUACGAGCGCGAUCGUAGCGCGACAGCGAAUUGUCGUCCAAGCUGUAAGGACUGCAUGGUUAAACCUUUUCGUCCUGCGCUGGAAUUUGUACGACCCACCACUUACCGUCCACAUCACCCAGACAGCUACAAACCUUAUCCUUCGGAGCAACAUCCGUACGAGGAGGAUCAUCGCUACAAACCAGUAAUCACGGCUCUCGAUAAGUAUCGACCACCAAUGUACUCCAACCGACCGGAAUUCGAACGUUACAGUCCCUCCUCUAGCUACUACCCUCCACCACCACCACCGGCAGCACCACCAUUGGAUUCCUAUCGACCAGCACUAUCUUACAAACCACAGUAUGGUAGCGAAAUCGAUCGUUACGGCACGCUCGAUCAUAGCUUCUUCAAACCAUACGAAACACGUCCCGAAUAUCCGAGACCACUCCACCAUGAAGAUAUACGUCCAGCUCAUCGUCCACGGCAUCCGUACGAGGAUCGUGAUCCACCACCACCGCUACCAGCUCCACCAGCAUCGCACGUUUCCACCGUCCAACAGUACGGUAGCAAACCGAACACAUUCAUCCCGUACCUGAUCGGUCAAAACAUUCACAAAAACGGUGGCAUUUACGGAGGUUCGUACGGACCUUCGUUUAAUGUCGAUUCCUACAAAUCAAUUUCCGACUAUUGGGGCUUGCGGAACGAAAUCAAACGCUACGACAGUCCCUCGUUUAACUACUUUGAGCUGCGAAACGAUCAUCACUUUGAUGAUAAUAAUGUGUGGAGUUAUGGAGGCAGUAAGUACGGUUAUGAAGAGGAACACCAACUACACCCAUACGUGGAGCAUAGACCAGGCUUUGGACAGCAGUGGAUUCGGCGUCCGAGCCAUGAAGAAUGUUCGGUGAAGUCGAGCGAAGGUUUCCGGCUUCACAAAGGCGUGGUGAAGUACGCCCUAAACACACCGACGGUGAUUGAGUGCGAACGGAUGUGCUACUCGGAGUCACGGUUCCGGUGUCACACGUUCAGCUACCGCUACUCAGCUGUAUCGCGCGAGAACUGUCUGCUCUGUGACCGGCCGUUUAAUUUGUUGGACUUUUAUGCCGAUCUAGAACCGGAUCGGGAUUACGACAUCUACUCGAUGAGUGAUGACGCAAAGACCUGUCAUCCGGAGCUUAAUCAUCCAAGAAGAGACUAUAAUGCGCAGUGCUUCAUACGUGUUAUUGAUUCAGCACGUUUCUUCAAAUCGAUCGUACGCGACUCACUCACCGUACGAUCGAUUGGUGAGUGCGAACUGGAGUGUAUCAAGGCGUCCAAGUUCACCUGCCGUGCGUUUACGUACAGCUUUGGACCGAACGCGGUUAAUGCGGUGAUCGACAACUGUCAGCUAUCGGAUUGGCCGGUACGCGACAUGGACAAGGAUCGACAUCUGGUGCCGGAUGAAAGCUUCGAUGUGUUUGAACGCGCCAGCUAUGGGCAGGGUUGUGAGAUACAGCCUAUUAUCGAUGAUAAACAUAACAAGAAGUUCUGCUAUCUGGGUUAUGGAUCACCGGCAAAGCUGCUUUCCUCCGCAAUCAAGAAGGUUACCUCGGUGAACACGGAACUGGAUUGCAAAAAUGAGUGCGUACGUUUACGCGAGGCUACCCAUUUCAAGUGUCUUUCGUUUAGCUUCAGCUCCCAAGCGUCAACGUACAACUGUGAAAUGUCGGAUCUGGACCAGAGCGAACUGAAGCUGGGCGUGCAUUAUGCACACACGAACGAUCGCGACUUUUGGCUGUUCGCCUGGAACCCGUUCGACUAUACGUGUCGCGAUAAGAUCACGACCAUUAGUGGUGGCACUCGGAUGAAUCAUGAUCGCCGUAUAGACGUCCUCCGCGAACCGGGUGAUGGAAGUUGGCGUCAGUAUACCGUGUCGGGCAAACCCUGCCGCUACGGUACCAAAUGCGAGCGAAACAAGAUCACAGGAUUUUACUCCUGCGAGAUAGAGGGUGGUGAGAUUGGUUCAUGGGAUUAUUGCUGUAAGGCCGAACACCCUUGCGGCUACUCGCGAGGGUUCGACUAUCCAUGGUGCUUCGUGGGUGAUGCCCCAGAUCAGUGGCGCAAGUGCAGCGAUAAGUACUUCCCCAAGAAACAGCACGAUUCGGGUUAUCAAAACAAGAAUAAAAAGGGUGAAAUCUAUCAGCCACCACCGAAGCCGGGAGGAUUGAGACAUCUGGACGGUGUGACCGCACCGGCCGAACUGUGGCCCGUCACCUACCUGUACGAGAAGGGUCCACCGAACGCGACCGAGAUCAGUAACAAUGUGAUCGACUGCAAGAAGGACAAAUGUUAGGACAGGGACAGGGAUGAUAGGCUACACUCAGUCCCCAUAGGCCAGACAGUCGAACUAUACUCAUAAUAGGAAUCCCGGCCAAACGAGCACUUACUGUAAGCACAUUCGAAAGGAACGCUUAGCAUGGAAAGAUUACAGUACUUUGCAAGUAAAGUAGAGUACGUUUAAGGCUCUCCGCCGAAUGGAAAGCAAUUCUGGAUCGUGGAGAAAUUCUUCUUCUGGAAACCCAAGAAAGAGCGUUAGGUGUUUAGGUUUAGGAGCAUAGCUACAUUAACAUUAGUACCUCUCCCGUCCAGGAUUAACCGUUUGUCUGCAGAUCUUUUUGGAAUUGCAAUUUUCGCUUCAACGUAAGGUGUAAAAUCAAUCACUGGGUCAUCUCUCUCUCUCUCUGAUGCCGACAAUCACUUUGUAUGCCGUUGUAUGAAGAACACGGAACAAUUAAACCACACACCAGUGUGCGGUUUCGUUCGCUAGACUGGGCUGUGAUAGAGGAACGCAGGUCUAGCCGGAGGUGUAAGCAGGUGAACUUUUCUGAGUGGAUUUUUAAAAUAUUUAUUUUAAUGCUUAAAACAACGUUUAAGUGUAAUGGAUGAGCUAAAGGUACAACAAUUCUAUAAUAAAUUUAGUCGUCAGUUCGAACAGCACAAAA